UGAUGGCAUAUUUAAAGCUUUGUCAUCUGUUGGAUUAACCAGAGAGUCUCUAAAAUCAAAUGAGAGUGGGCCUAGCCUUGUGGGUUUGAAUUUUGAUGGAGCAUCUGUUAUGCAGGGGAAAAAAAAUGGUGUUGCUGGAAAGUUAAUGAAAGAUUAUUCUCAUCUGAUAUCUGUGUGGUGUAUUGCACACAAGUUACAGUUAUCUGUAAUGGAUGCAGUAAAGGAUGUUGAUAUUCUACACAGACUGGAGGCAACCCUCAAAGGUAUUUAUAAGUAUUACCACGGAUCCCCUAAACGGAGGAGAGAAGUAAAAGCAGUUGCUGAAGUCCUUGAAGCAGACUUGGCCCAUAUCCCAGAUUUAAAAGAGGUCAGAUGGGUAGCUAGUCAGAGUAAAGCAUUACAAGCCAUCAAAACCAACUUACUGGUCAUUACCACACAUCUUGGUGAAGCUGCUUCAAGAUCAGAUGUGUAUGCUGGAAGUGCAAAGAAAUAUCUAAAAGAUUUAUGCUCUUCAUCAGUCUUGAAAACUAUGUUUCUACUUCUUGACAUCCUAGGAGUGAUAGCUGAUUUGUCCAAGUUUUUUCAGACAGAAGAUUUAUUGAUUCUUGAAGUUCUUCCCAAAAUGGAAGCUGCUUGUCUUAGACUUACAUCUUUAAAGUAUCACCCAGGAGAAAAUAUGCAAGAAUUUCUGGGGAAGUACAGUCCGGACACCGGAUACUUUGGUGAUGUGAAACUAACUGGACCAUGUCCUGAGGUGGAUUUUAAGGACAAGUCAACACAACACAUUUUGGACAAAACCAUUGCUUUCUUGGAUGAAAGAUUUUCAGUCUUCAAGGAAAGUCCAGUGAAAGACAUGAAUCUAGUUUUUAAUUUUAAAACCUGGCCUUUAGAUAGGGAAACUUUGUGUGUUUAUGGAAUGAAAAGUCUUGACACUAUUCUUAAUUACUUUAACCCCAUAUUUGAACAAGAGAGAGAUAACAUCCACACAGAAUACCAGAAUUUAAAAGCGUACAUGGCGCCAUACAAAACCAUGCCAAUAUAUGAUGCUUAUCUCUCUCUUGUUCAAACUGGUGUUCCUUCUCUUAGAAACAUUGUAAAAGUGGUUGAACUUAUGCUUUGUCUUAGUUGCUCCACUGCAAAGUGUGAGAGAGUGUUUUCAAGUUUAAAACUGCUUAAAACAAGGUUAAGGUCUUCUUUGACACAGGACAAUUUAAAUUCACAAUUACAGAUAAUGGUGGAGGGUCCCUCUCUUGCAGAGUUUAAACCUGAUCUUGCCAUUGAAAAGUGGCUAAACAGUACUUCGGAUGGAAAAGGGAGGCACAUAAAUGGGCACAAAUUUGAAUGUACAAAGGAUGUAAACAUUGAUGAAUGUGAAGAACUUCUGUAUCAGACAGUUGAGAAGUAA